CAGAAUUUGCGUGGAGCGCCAAUGCUCAAGUUCCUCAUGAGCCCCCGGACGAGUCCGUCCAGCUCGUUGUCGCCAUGCAUGGACCUGUCGGUUGUUCGCACCGGAGUCGUCCACGUCACGUCGAUGGGGCUCUUUGGAUUGUGUUUUUGGAAACCUCGCUAUGUCGUGCUGACAACAACCAAGUUGCGGUGCUACAAGUUUGAGGGUGGCGACCUCAAGUUGGAGCUGGAUUUGUCCGAGUGUGCACCCAGCGACAUCCAAGUCAUGCCGAACGACUGUACCAAGAUCCGUAGCUUUGGAGCGUCCAUUUGGCGCAUUGCACUCAACGUUGGCGGGCAACGGUACUUCAUCGCGCCUAGCUCCGAAUACGAAAUGAACAUUUGGGCGCAAGACCUGCUCGAAACUGCACAUCUACGCCAGAACCCCGCACGAGAACUGCGGCCGUCGCUCGGCGUAAACCCUCAGUACGUUGCCGGCGCGUUGGCGUUUCGAGUGGACCCGUCCGGCAUCGGGAAAUAUCGAUCGAGCAUUCGACGCCCACCUCCACCACGUCCGAGCCUCGUUGAGAUGACUGCCACGGCAUGAGCAGCUGCUGCAUCCAGCAUAUUUAUAACCUAACUCGUAACUUUGCGACGAGCGAGUUUCUAUUGUAUGGUUACAGGAUCGCAAUGUCGUGUGUGGGGGUUGCUUUCCCC